AUGGGUAGAGAGCAGCGGAUGCAGAUGAUUUAUCAUCACAUCACUUCUGACACAGGUCACUUUGACUUUCACACGUGUGUAGUGUCGAGUCAGGGUGUAAGUGCUGGCUCAGCUCUGACCAGCAGUACGGCGUCUCCCAGCGCUGAGAGCCUGUCUUCUGAGAAUCACCUGACACCUGUCACCUCCACCAUCAUCACCACACCCAGCUCCACCCUGGAGAGUAAAGACAGCGGCAUCAUCGCGACGGUCACCAGCUCCAGUGAGAAUGAGGAGCGCUGUGGCUCUAGUUUGGAGUGGGCUAAAGAUGGAGGUGCUGGUUUGAGGGGUGAGAGUGGGCGUGGUUUUCAUCCACCUGUCACUCAGAAGGAGCCAGCGGUGUCCAGUGAAGCCCAGACGAGAACAGUGGAGGCGGUGCCCAGCGUGACAUCACCUGCAGAUGGACCAAUCACAUAUCACAGCACUUCUCUGGUUAUGCCACGCCCAAAUUCAGUGGCAGCCACCAGCAACACCAAACUGGAGGAGUUGAGAUAUCUGGAUGAAGAGAGAAAUGCUCCCCAGCGUUCCUCGAUGCGUUCAGCCUGGCACGGAGCUCACACCAGCGGCCGCGGUCAAGAGAAUAAAGCGCGUCUCACACCCUAUAAACCUGUGGACAUCAUGCUGAAACCUCUGCUGUUCGAGGUGCCCAGUGUCUCCACGGACGCGCUGUUGGCGGGUCGUGAUUGGCUGUUCCAGCGGCUGGAGGAGGUGCUGGUGGGGGGAGGAGAGGUCGGUGAGGGCAGAGGAGCUGUCAUCAUGGGUAACGUGGGCUUUGGAAAGACGGCCGUGAUCUCGCGUCUCGUGUCUCUGAGCUGUCACGGUGGACGUAUGAGACAGAUGCCAUCCAACAGUCCUGAAGCUACACCGCAGAGCCGAGCGUCUGAUCUUCAUCAGAGUCAUCAGCUGAACCCCCCCACGCAGAGUCCCCACCGCAGCAACAGCUGCCCCCCCACCCCAGAUACACACCGUCACAGAGAGGGAGCUGUUAAACGCCUCGCCUGCAAGGUGGUGGCGUAUCACUAUUGUCAGGCUGAUAACACAUACACGUGUCUGGUGCCUGAGUUUGUACACAGUGUGUCGGCUCUGUUGUGUCGAGCUCCUCGUCUCAGUGCGUACCGUGAGCUCUUACUGAAAGAGACGCAUCUGCAGGGACUGCUGAGCUUACGCUCCUGCGUUCAGGACCCUGCCGCUGCCUUCAGGAAGGGCGUCCUGGAGCCCCUCACGCUCCUGCGCAAGGAGAGGAAGAUUCCAGAAGAGGAUUACAUCAUUCUGGUGGACGGUCUGAACGAGGCGGAGUUUCACAAGCCGGACUAUGGAGACACCAUCGCCUCCUUCAUCACCAAAAUCAUCUCAAAGUUUCCUGUCUGGCUGAAACUCAUCGUGACCGUCAGGAAUAACCUGCUGGACGUCACCAGUCUCCUGCCCUUUCCCAUCAUCUCCCUGAAUGAUUUCCAUGACAACAAGGAUAUAACCUCUGACCUCACCUCUUACAUCCAGCACCGUAUGGAGCGCAGUCCCGACAUCAUGAGUAACAUCUCCGUUAACGGCAAAACUGACCCGAGUCACAUGUCUAAACUGACCUCUCACCUGACGGCUCUGAGUCAGGGCUCGUAUCUCUACCUGAAACUGACUCUGGAUCUGUUCGACAAGGGUCAUCUGGUCAUUAAAAGCUCCAGCUAUAAAGUCAUCCCCGUGUGUCUGUCCGAGCUCUAUCUGCUGCAGUGUAAUAUGAAGUUCCCAUCAGCCUCGGCGUUUGAGCGCGCGCUGCCGCUGCUGAACGUGGCUCUGGCGUCUCUUCACCCGCUGACGGACGAACAGCUCUUCAGAGCGCUCAACGCCGGCUCUGCCACGGGUCAACUCAACUGGGAGGAUUUCCAGGAGCGCAUGGACGCUCUGUCCUGCUUUCUGAUUGGCCGUCGGGACCGGACGCGUAUGUUCUGUCACCCGUCGUUCAGGGAGUGGCUGGUGUGGAGGGCCGAUGGCGAGAGCAAUGACUUCCUGUGUGAUCCCAGGAGUGGACACGCUCUGAUGGCCUUCAUGCUUUCACGUCAGGAUGGAAAACUCAACCGUCAGCAGACCAUGGAGCUGGGCCAUCACAUUCUCAAAGCGCACAUAUUUAAGGGUCACAGUAAGAGAACGGGUGUUUCCUCCAGUGUUCUUCAGCCUCUGUGGAUCAGUUACAGUACAGACAGUCUGUCAGCGGCUCUGUCAUCUCUCAGAAACCUCUACACACCUAAUGUCAAGGUGUCGAGGUUGUUGAUUCUGGGAGGAGCGAGUGUGUGUUAUCGUACAGAAGUGUUGAACGGUGCACCAGUGUUGUGUGUUCAGUGUCAUCUGGGUCAUCUGGAGAUGGCCGCUCUGCUCCUGGAGUCCGGCGCUCCGGUGGACGGACAGUCAGAGAACGGCAUGACAUCACUGUGUUACGCCUCCGCAUCCGGACACCUGCCGCUGGUCACUUUACUCUGCAGAAAGGGAGCAAAGGUGGAUCACGCUGAUAAGAGCGGUCAGUGUGCUCUGGUUCACGCUGCUCUGAGAGGUCACACUGAGAUUCUGCAGUAUCUUCUGGAACAAAACUCCUGGAGCUCAGAGCUGAAGAACACAACACUACAACAGGCGCUCAUCGCUGCCUCCAGCAUGGGACACACACAGGUGGUGAAGAUGUUGUUGACAUUGAAUGAUGAUGAUGAGCUGUCAGUAGAGAUUGACGGUCAGGACACACUGUGGGGAGAAACAGCUCUCAGUGCCGCAGCUGGGCGGGGUAAACUAGAGGGGUGUGUCUUCCUGCUGGAUCAGGGAGCCAAUGUAACGCAGCCUAACCGCAGAGGCGUGUCUCCCAUCUUUAAUGCGGUCAGACAAGGACACACACAGAUAGUGGAGUUGUUUGUUCAGCGUGGUGCGGAUGUGAACUGCACUGAUAAACACGGACGUUCUCUGCUGAUGGUGGCCGCGAGCGAGGGACAUCUGCCCACGGUGGACUUUCUGCUGUCACGGGGAGCGAGUGUGAUGGCGGUGGAUAAAGAAGGUCUGACUCCUCUGAGCUGGGCCUGUUUGAAAGGACAGCAGAAAGCCGUGGAGGUUCUGGUGGAGAGAGGAGCUCAGAUAGACCACACGGAUAAACACGGACGCACCCCGCUCGACCUCGCCGCAUUCUACGGAGACGCUGAUAUAGUUCAUUAUCUGGUGGAUUGCGGAGCGGCGAUUGAACACAUGGAUUACAGCGGGAUGAGACCUCUGGAUCGAGCGAUAGGAAGCAGAAACACGUCGGUGGUGGUCACUCUGCUGAAGAAAGGAGCUAAACUGGGCUACAGAACAUCUCCUUAUGAGCGCUCAGGUAAUGCCGCAUGGGCCAUGGCCACCUCCAAACCGGACAUUCUCAUCCUUCUCCUGCAGAGACUCAUGGAGGAGGGAAACCUGCUGUAUAAGAAAGGGAAGAUGAAGGAAGCGGCUCAGAGGUAUCAGUAUGCACUGAGAAAGUUUCCACGCGAAGGUUUCGGGGAUGACCUCAAGGCCUUCAGAGAACUCAGAGUUUCUCUCUAUCUCAACCUGUCUCGCUGUCGCCGAAAAACCAACGACUUUGGAAUGGCUGAGGAGUUUGCCACCAAAGCUCUUGAACUGAAGCCCAAGUCUUACGAGGCGUUUUAUGCUCGUGCUCGAGCCAAGAGAAGCAGCAGGCAGUUUGCAGCAGCGUUGGCUGAUCUCUGUGAAGCGGCCCGUCUGUGUCCCAGUAACCGAGAGAUCCGUCGUCUGCUGACGCGCGUGGAGGAAGAGUACCAACACCUUCAGCUGCAGGCAUCCAAACACCCGUCCUGUCAUACCAACCCCUCACAUCAUGAGGAAGACCUCGAUGACGACGAGGAUGGAGAUGACGAUGAUGACGAUGAACAUGACAUUGAGUGCAUGGAGAAAAGCCCAGACAGUCUCAGUGUGAACAUGUUACAGGCGGAUGAAGACGAGGACAGCAGACGUGAGCAGGAGAAGAGGAAGGAGAACUGGCAUCAGAGCCGCACUUUACCCGACUCUCUGUGCCUGGCGCUAUCAAACGUCCAGUCCUCCGUCUCUGUACCCGCUGCCGGCCGUGCCGCCCACCGUCGCCUCCCGUCCAGACAGGCUCAGAGCAUGAAAAGCCGCGAUUACAGCUGCUCUCUGUACGCCGACAGCAGGACUCCCCAGAGCGCCGGAUCCAGUCCCAUGCCGAGCCGUCACCGGCCCGCCUCCCUCCGGGCAGGACCCUGUAUUGACAUCGGACACAGUGGCACAGGCGGUCAGUUUACUUACACAGAGAAACCCGCGGAGGGCGUCGUCGAGCCCAGAGGAGAGUUUUGCAGGAGCAGCAGCGUGAGAGUGUCCGCUUCCUCCGGUGGAAACCUGGCGGAGAGCGCCCGUGUGCGCAACUCUGUUGCUCCUGAGCACAAGCCACGCCCCUUUAUGGGCAUCAUUGACAAGACUGCACGUUUUCAGCAGGUGCAAGGUCACCACCACGGCUGGCAGGGCCUCGCGCCGGAAGGGCUUGUCGGGAACACGCAGGGACCGCCCGGUGACCUCCAGUUCUCUUAUCAGGAAGCCGUUCAUAACAGCACACACACCUCUGAGUUUCACCCCCCCAGUAACCCGCCACAACAGCACAAACAGGCCAGCCUGGCCCGGGACAAUCCCAUCCUCAUCAGCUCCAUCAAACCCAAACGCUCCUUCAUCGAAUCCAACGUGUAGCGACAAACUCGUUCACAGAAAUAUGACUUAAAUAUAACAACUCCCAUUUCAUCUCAAGACACACUUGGAAGUUUGAAGCACAUGAGAAUGUUGUUUGUGUUUACAGCUUCAGAUGUUUUUAAGCACAUGCAACCACGAGAGAGCAAAGAUUCACAUGGGUUAAUAAUCGAUUAGGAGACACGAGCUGACUUUAGACUUCAGUAAAGAUCUGCACACAUAUGACUGUUGUGUACUGGUCAAACUCUUGGAGUGUGUGUGUUCGUUUCUCAUCAUCCGCUCUCUGUUACAUAUUUAUGGCUUGUUGUCUGAUUAAAGCAAUAUUUAUAUUUUAUAUAUUAGUUAUUUUUGCACAGCUGUAUGUUAUGAAAUAGCACUAUGAUUGUAGAGAUGAACCGUAUACAGGAGACUUCAGGUUUACAUGCGUGAACGUGUUAUCAAGAGGACAUGGAUGUUAUUUCAUAUGUUCAUUUUGUUGUCAUGUAUAGGGCUGAUAUGUAUUUCAAUAUUUCAGGAUCAUAUAUAACAAUAAACCCCCAGACUUAA